AUGGGCGCCUCAGCUUCCAAGGUGGCGGACGCCAAGCCAAAGAAGAUCUGCUGCGCGUGCCCAAUCACCAAGAACGCGAGGGACGCGUGCAUACCCGAGCACGACGAGGAGAAGUGCAAGUACCUCAUCGAGGCGCACAAGCAGUGCCUGAGAGAUGAAGGCUUCGACGUCUGA